AUGAAGAUAGAUAAUGAAAGGCCUUACCAUACCAAUUCUUUUCAUGAGCUUGUACCCAGUGGCGGCCCUAAAGUAGACGGUGAACCUGAAAGGGAAACUAAGGACAAUCUUUUGGAAGAUAAAAUGGUUGAACAGACCAAUCCAUCAGAGCAUGGUUUUGUGAAAGCUGAGCAUGAGAAGGGAGGUAAAACCAGACAAAUACGGAUUGAGGAUGUUUCUUAUGACAAGGAUGUUGUUGAGAUCAACCUGCCAAGUUCUGUGGUUUCUUCUGAUUAUGGCGGCCAUUUUGUCAAGGAUGUCUGCAUUGACGAGGGAGUGCUUGCUGAUCAGAAGGCUUCGGCAGAGAAGGUAGUAAGUGAAAAGGUAUGCCCAAUCUUUGAUUCUUCAAUGGCCGAUGCAAAUGGUGAUCUGAAGGAAGACGUAAGACUUGAUCCUGUGAAAACUGCAAAUAAGUCACAGAUAGUUCCCCUUCAUGUCGUGCAUGCUACCGAUGGUAAUACUAUGGAAGAAACAAGAGCUGAUCCUUCGAAAACUGAACAUGAAUCAGAGUUACAAAUUGUUACCCUACAUGUUCCAUGUUCUACUGAUGGUAAUAAGAUGGAACAAUAUUCUUGUGGCGAAGCACGUGAUGUUGAAAGCAACAAGACUAUAGAUGAAUUUACCAAUGUAAACGAUGAGAAAUCAAGUCCUAGACAGUUAUCAAGUCAUGAAGCUGCAAAACAGUGCCAGCAGGUGGGCACAGUAAUUUCUGAGACCUGUGAAACUCACAAGCCACUUUGCGAUGGAGAAGCAAUUGAUGAGGUUACACCAAUCGUUUGCCAUGAAACUGGAUCGAGUACUGCACCAGAGUCCAGUUACCUCAGUGGUUUACCAGUUGAAUCAACUUCUGAUGGGCUCUCAGCUGUAAUUCCUGAAGAAGAUGUUGGUGCAGAAUUAGAUAACAGAGGAUUGAAUCCAGCUACUCACUAUAACCCCUUUAUCGCCUAUGGGUCGUUAGAGGACACAUGGGAAUCCAAGUAUGCUCUACCUACCAUUGUCGACGAGGUUUCUGUUGUACCCAUCUGCCCUGUUGGAAAGACAGAUAGUUUCAGUGAUCUUGUCAACGGUGGUGCACUGGGAGGAUUUGAUUAUGUUGAAACAGCUGAAUCCAGAAUUGGAGACAGCAGUAAGUUAGAUUCUGUUGGAGGACGUUCAAGCAGGCUGGGGGUCCAAGCAUCUGAAGAGAGCCAUGAUCAAGGAGGUCUUGUCGAAAGAACAGAUAGUUUUAGUGACAUCGUCAACGGCGCACCAGGUAGAUUUGAUUCUGUUGCAGCAGAUGAAACCAGAAUCAAACACAAUAGACUAGAUUCCAUAGAAGAAAGUUCAGGUAGGUUGGAUGUCCAAGCAUCUGAAGAGAACAAUGAUCAGAGAGGUACUGUCAGCGCAGAGCCUAGUGAUGUCAAGACUGAGGGCCAUCCAAAAAGCGAGACCGGUGCUGUCGAAGAUGAACAUGACUUCAACCCAAGAGACGUGGGGGAUGGCACAAAGACAAGGGAGGAAAGCAGCGGCGGCGAUGAGAGCUCUACGGUUUCGCAAACGGAGUCGGCGGUUCAGCAGAAUGAACCUGAUGGUGCAAAGCUGACGACUCGGGGUGGCAUUCGCAACCCCUUUGAGUCGAGCUUCUCUGGAGCAAACAUCACGCUGGACGCGGUAGCGCCCUCUGCGCACAUCGGCAACACUUCUCUUCGCUCGGAUAGCAGCACGACAAGUACUCGGUCCUUCGCAUUCCCAGUGCUACAGACUGAGUGGAACAGCAGUCCGGUGAGGAUGGCGAAGGCGGACCGUAGGCGUUUCAGGCGAGACCGGGGCUGGGGUUUCAGGGUCCUCUGCUGUAAAUUCUGA